UAACAAUAGCAUUUGACGUACUGGUCCAAGGAUACAGACGGUAUUAGUUUCGCCCUCCCUAGUCCCUGCGAUUUGGUAGCUUCGCUUUGGCAGCAACAUCCUCUGUCUUUUUUCUUUCUGGAGAAAGGAAACAGAAGAGGUAUGACACCUACUUUGCUGCGAGGGCUGUGUGCGCACGGCACCAAGACAUCCGUCGAGGCGGCCAGGGCAUGGCGACGCGAGGCCAGGGUGUUUGCUUCGGUCACGGCGAAGAGGAGGUCUGCCGCCGUGGUGCCGGCGGCGAGGGCACUGUGCUCCGCAACACCGGUAGCAGUGGGCGAAGAAGACACCAAGGUGGCCUUCGUGAACUUGGAAUUGCCGCCUCAGGACAUCGGCACGGCGAUGAAGCCGCAGCAGAUGGUGGACCAGCUGGAGGAGCACAUCGUCGGACAGUCGGACGCUAAGCGGGCGGUGGCGAUCGCUCUGCGCAAUCGCUGGCGCCGUGCGAAGCUUGAUGAAGAUUUGAGGGGGGACGUGAUUCCGAAGAACAUUCUGAUGAUCGGUCCCACGGGGUGCGGGAAGACCGAGAUCGCUCGACGCGUGGCCAAGAUGUCUCAGGCGCCCUUCAUCAAGGUGGAGGCAACCAAGUUCACUGAGGUCGGGUUCCACGGCCAAGACGUUGACCGGAUCAUCAAGGACCUCGUGGAGGUGGGGAUCACCAUGACCAAGAAGAAGCAGAUGGCGGAACACAGAGAAGCGGUCAAAACAACGACUGACUCGAUCAUCAUCGACUGUUUGGUUGGAGAGAAGAGCGGUGCAAGCAGCCGGGAAAGCUUCGAAGACUUGCUCAAGAAGGGGGCGCUAGAGGAAUAUAACAUCAAGGUACCCUUGAAUCGCAACAAUACCCCCGACAUGCCGGGAGUAAUCUUCUCCGACAACAGCCGGGCCAACAUGCCCAAGGUCGAGGAUAUCAUGCAGGUGCUGAAGGCGAGCACGGGGGGCAAGAACCGCAAGCAAGAGCAAGAGAUGAAGAUUAAAGAUGCGCGGCCGCUGAUCGAAGACAUGGAGAUCGAGAAACGGUUGGAUAUGGCGCAGGUGACAAGAGACGCUGUGAAGGCCGUGGAAGAGACGGGAAUCGUCUUCAUCGACGAAAUCGACAAGAUUUGCAACGCGGGCGAGCGGCGAUCCGCGGACGCGAGCGCGGAGGGGGUGCAGCGCGACCUGCUGCCCAUGAUCGAGGGGUCGAGCGUGUCGACGAGACACGGCAACAUCGACACGAGCUUCAUCCUCUUCAUCGCCUCGGGGGCCUUCCACUCGUGCAAGCCUAGCGACAUGCUGGCCGAGCUGCAGGGGCGGCUUCCUAUCCGCGUCCAGCUGAAGGGCCUGAGCGAGGACGACCUGUACAAGAUCCUAACAGAGCCGAAGAACAACCUAAUCCGCCAGCAAGUGGAGAUCAUGAAGACCGAGGGGGUGGACUUGCAGUUCACGGACGAAGCCAUCCGGGAGAUCGCCCGUGUUGGGGCCUACGUGAACAAGACGGUGGAGAACAUCGGGGCGAGAAGGCUGCACACUGUGCUCGAGCGAAUUGUCGAGACGAUCAGCUUCGACGCCUCUGAGAUGGAGGAGGGCACAGUGGUUUCGGUUGACAUCGACCUGGUGAAGGAGCGAGUCAGUGACAUGCUCGAAGGAUCGGACCUUUCGAAGUUCAUCAUCUGA